AUGAAGUUCAGCUCAUUGAUAGUGCUGAGGCCUGUUUGUUUCUUCAUUGUUCUGCCAUUUGUAGUACUGCUGCUACCCGGUUUGGUGAUCCCAUUUUGGAUUACCAAGGUCAGAAGAGUUGAAGAUGAAGUGAAAUUGAUUUCACACCAAAACCUACUCUCAGAAAUUGAAAAUAUAGCUGCGGUGUUUAUUCCGAUGAAUUCAUCGGCAACCAAUUUAGUGAGAGUUUUUAGUUCAUCUAUCGACGAACCCGAACUUCCAUUCUCUAGUAUUGAAACCAAGGUGGCUCCUGUACUGUUUCAAGCAUUAUCAACAAUCCCACACCUAUUACAGAUUUCACACAUUGGAUUAUAUGGUUUUUUCUUCUCGUACUACACAAAAGGUGAUCAACCUUUUGCUCCGGUAAACCGGGACACCGGGAAGCUAUACGGUGAAGCUGUGGAGUCUCUUCCAUUGGUUACAGUUAAGGCAAGCUGGUUUCAAGAAGCUCUGAAUAGCACAAAUGGGAAUGCUUCAAUAGGAACUGGGUGGAUUAACGGUCAAGAUCUUCUGUUCCUUAACACGGUGGGUAUGGAUGGAAGAGGAGCUAUCUCUCUAGGGUUUCCAGUGAAAUCAGUAUUGGAUUUCUUCUCCGGUGUAAGUCGCAAUGGAGGAAGCUUGUAUUUGGCAACAAUGGAUGGGAAAGUACUCGGUGAAGGGAUCCCAAAUACCCACAUGGUUCUUGUUGGUAAUUCGGUUUCAAUUCAAUUGCUGAAACCAAACGGUGAUCAAAUAGGCCAGGUUGGUAAUGUUACAUGUGAACCCAAUGAUGGUGCCUUAAGAGCUUCUAUCUUGAACAUUUGGGAGAUGAAGUUUAUGUUUUAUUGCUCACCGAUGGAAAUCCAAAUCCUUGGAGUGCAAUCGGUAUGUUUCAAUUCAAUGCUUUGGAAAUUUCGGCCAUUUUUUGUUUGCGUUCCAAAAAAUAAUAUUUGA